CAUUUAUAACGGUUAAUAAAAAUAUAGUCAUAAAUAUUUUGGACGGUAAAAAAACGCUCUUUUAUAAUAGGUACAUCUUCUUCUCAUCGCUAUCUUUGAUAUCUUUAUUUUGGUUCGUUAUAUUAUGUCAGAAAAUCCCUUGUUAUUCGUUUGUGACGAUUUUCUUUUAUUGUAUUUUAGAUUAAAAAAUUACUAUAUAAAUCCGGUACUAUUACUUCAUAAUAAAACACUUUAAUUGUAGCAGGGAUAUAGUUCAGAAAAAUGAUUGGGAAAAUAUUUGCGAUUUUCUUACUGGCUUUAGUUCCCUCUGAAAGUUUAUCAGCUGCUACAUCUAAUUGCGUUUGUUACCACGGGACAUGGGCUGAAUACAGAAACGGCAACGGAAAAUUCGGCGUUUCUAAAAUAGAUUCACAAUGUACCCACUUAAUCUACAGUUUUAUCGGACUUAAAGCCAAUGGAACAGUUUAUAGUCUCGAUACAUGGCUAGAUUAUGAUCUAAAUACCCUAAAUGCUUUCGCUGCCCUCAAAAACGCCAGAGAAGGCCGAAAAGUUUUGGUAGCCGUAGGUGGAUGGAGCCACUCUUCGACAUUCCCAGCAGUUGCUGCAUCAGCAAGUGCCAGAGCCGUCUUCCUCCAAAGUGCUUUAGAAUUCCUCGAAAAACACGGAUUCGACGGUCUGGACUUCGAUUGGGAAUAUCCUAAUAAACGCGGAGGUACCCAAGUCGACGUUGAAAACUUUGUUACACUCCUGAAAGAAUUUAAAGCAGCAUUUAAACCAAAAGGUUUAUUGUUAACUGCAGCAGUUUCUGCCACACCUUCAUCAGUAUCUGCUUCGUAUAACGUACCCGGAAUAUCACAAUACUUGGAUAUGAUCAAUGUUAUGACAUACGAUUUGCACGGUUCCUGGGACGGUGUGACCGGUCAUAACGCUCCAUUGUAUGCGUCAUCUAAAGAUACAACCGCUGCAGCUCUAGAACUUAACUUGGAUACUGCUAUCUCCAACUGGAUUGCACAGGGGGCUCCACCAUCAAAAAUGAAUCUUGGCAUUCCCUUUUAUGGAAGAACAUUUACGCUUGCUAAUACUAAUGACGUCUCGUUAGGAGCUGCUACCAUUAAUGGUGGAACUCCCGGAACUUAUACCGAGGAAUCGGGAUAUUUGGGUUAUAACGAGAUUGUUGAAUUGUUAAAUGGCGGAGGGUGGACCACAAAAUGGGACGACGAACAAAAAGUUCCUCACAUGUAUAAAGGUAACCAAUGGGUUGGAUACGACGACCCAACAUCUAUAACCGAAAAGGUAAAAUAUGCGCAAUCUAAGGGUCUUGGUGGUGUAAUGGUUUGGGCUAUAGAAACUGAUGAUCAUGCUGGUUUAUCUGGAGUGAAAAACCCUCUCUUAACUGCUAUAACUACUCAGUUGGCUGCUGGUUCUCCUAAUUCACUACCAGUCAAAUCUAAAACAACGAGUACGACAAAGGCAGCGGGGACAACUCCGGCAACUACUACAACAAAAACAACUACAAAUGUUAAUCAAAAUGCUAAGAACGGCGUCUCAGCAAAUACCUGUACCCAAGAUGGAUUUAUUGGCGAUUCUAAAAAUUGUAACAAAUUUUAUCAAUGCAUAAAAAAAGCUGAUGGAACUUACGGUGCUUACGCUUUUAAUUGCGUUGCAGGACUUGUAUUUGAUCCAAAAAGCAACGCGUGCAACUGGAAAACAUUAGUUCCAGACUGCUCUUCUUAAAUGUGUCUAAAUACUACAAAAUUUAAUGUUUAUUUUUGUAAACGAUUCGUUAUUACAGUUUAUUAAAAUGUUUUACGCACAUA